CAGUGCUGCUCUACAUGCUAACUAAGCUCAACUCCGUUGUCUUUCUCUUGCUUUCUCUCUCUUAAGCUAAUUUGACAAAUUUGUUAUUUUAAAUUAAAAGAUACACUUUGUUUGCUUUUGCACAAUUGCGCUUAACCCUAUUUGAGCAAAGAAAGUGCUUUGUUACAACUACGCACACAGUGAAAGACAAAACUUCAGAAAAAAUAAACAGAGAAAAACAAAGAAAGAAAAAGCUUCAUUUAUAUUUCUCACAAAAUCACUCCCAAAAUGGAUUAAUUUUUCUUAGUUUUUGCUCUGUUUUGUUAUCUCAUCCUAAUUCUGGGUGUUUUUUCUUCUUGGAUUAGUGAUAAAAAGUGAAGGAAGCUCAGAAAUUUCAGCUUAAACUUACCUGGUUUUUUUUUUUUUUUUUUUUUUGUAUGGGUUGUCAUUUUUUUCUUCAUAUAAUGUUCUUCAUGAUGUUUGCUCAUCUGGGUUUUCAGUUUUAAUGCUCUAAAAACUAUUAGGAAAUUUUGAUAAAUUCUGGUUUUUUAAGGGCUUUUCAAAAAUGGAGAUUGAAUUAGCAAACAAAGUUGCUGUAGAAAGUGGGCACAGAGUUUUUAGUCUCAUUUGCCAAAAACAAGAAUCUCAAGAAAGAAACUUGAUAGCACAAACAGGUGAUGCAGUUUGCAAGUUCAAGAGGGUUGUUUCUCUUCUUGGAAAAAAGAGUUUUGGUCAUGCUAGGAUGAGAAAAUUGAACAAUUUACCUCAAUCUUUACCAGAAAAAAUUUUCCUUGAAACCCCACAUCUUAACCCAGAAACAUCAGCAAAACCCAUACAAUUACUACCUUCAUCUGGUUUUAUGAGAAACUCAGUUUCAGAAAUUGACCAAACAUCUCAGAAUUCAUCUCAAAUUUCCCAGAAAAUGUUAGUUGAAAAGCCUUCUGUUGACGUUAGUUUAUCAGUAAAACCUCCUGGCCAAAAUCCCACCCAACAAAAACCAACCCAAAACAUUCAGUUUCUACAACAGCAGCAACAAUUUCAGCAACAGAUGUUACAAAGAUUGCAAAUUCAGCAGCAAAUGAAGUACCAAGCUGAUAUGAUGAACAAUUCUUCUAGGAGUGGAAGUGGGAUAAAUUUGAAGUUUGAUGGGUCAAGUACUUGUACUCAGACUAUGUCAUCUAACAGGUCCUUUGUAUCUUCAUUGAGUAUGGAUGGUAGCAUCGCUAGUCUUAGUCGGAAUUCGUUCCGAUUGAUCGGUUUGCCUCAAUCAUCUGAUCCGAAUUCGCAGCAUCUUAGAAGGAGGUGUCUUGUUAAGGGUGAAGGUGGGAGUGUCAAAUGUGGGAAUAAUGCUAAAUGUCAUUGCUCCAAAAAGAGGAAACUAAGGGUUAAAAGAUCAAUUAAGGUACCUGCAAUAAGUAACAAGAAUGCAGACAUCCCUCCUGAUGAAUACUCGUGGAGAAAGUAUGGGCAGAAACCAAUCAAGGGCUCACCGCAUCCAAGGGGAUACUAUAAGUGCAGUAGUAUGAGAGGUUGCCCAGCAAGGAAGCAUGUAGAGAGGUGUUUGGAGGACCCUUCAAUGCUAAUUGUGACAUACGAGGGUGAACACAACCAUUCGAAGUUUAUAGCUUCCCAUUCUUCGCAGACUUGAACAUUCAAUUCUGUCCAACUUGUGAUACAUCUACCGGAGAAUCCAGCGUAGUAGAUACAGCACAACUAUGCAAAUAUGUGGUUUGUGCUUUUGCUCUUAGUCUUGUAUAUAUUAGUAGUAUUAGUAUGGCGGAAACCUGGAAAACUCCAUAGCCCAGAGCUGUUUAGUCGACCUUUUGUAGUUCUGGUUUGCAAGGUUUGAGUCACAGAACACUGAGCUACACAGGAAUAUGCCCAUACAGUGGAGCUUACAAGGUUGCAAAUUGGAUAUCCUGGAAACCUUUUCUUUUUCUCUCUUCUUCCUGUGACUACCCCCUACCCCAAAAUUCCAAAAAUAAUGAUAUAAAAAGUUCAACCAAAA